ACGUUCUCCUCGGUUCGCUUUAUGUCAUCGCAGCAGUGCAAAGAAAUUUGAAAACUCAACAACCUUGUGUAAUUGAGCAAACAAAACGAAGACUCUGGAACCUCUGGAACGAACACUUGGGAGCGCUUGGUAGCUAGGGAGGGCUCUGGAGCGCUCUGGAGCUCUGUAGGUUCGUGAGUUGUUACGGCGUAAAUUUAGAAUAGAACUGAAUAGAACGGAUUAGAAGCUGUUUAGGUUGGUGAGGCAGCAUGACAUUCGUAGUGAAAUAUAUACCAGUGUUGAAGGAAUGGCGUUUAUGCUGCUGUUCCUGCAGUCUGAGGUCAGCAGCAAUUGUUCUGGCAUGGUUUGGCAUACUUGCUUCAGUCUCUAAGAUUGUGACAUGCAUCACCUACUUGAGUCAUCCUGCCAUUCAACCUCAUGCUACAUAUGAAACCAAGGAGUUCUUAAUUGUCAUGCUGGGCACUACAACUGGAGCAACAAUCCUUAAUGUGCUGCUUCUGUAUGGUAUCCACAAUAAGAAACCAGUUUAUAUGUUGCCAUUCCUGGUUCUGCAACUGAUUGGUCUUGUGGUUGUUACGCCAAUCGUAUUUAUUGCUGGAAUCAUGGCUGCUGUGAACAGCUUGGAAUUAGGACUGAUUGCUUUGGUCAUUGGUUUUGCAUUUGUGGUACUAGUGGCAUUCUUCUGGAUUGUCCUGUACAGUUACUACCGGCAGGUUGAAGAAGAAAGGAAUCAUGAUUCUGGGAUUGUGAACUAUACCUAUGGAAUACCAAAUGAUCAUGAUCAGAUCUUGCCAGAGGAUAAGUCGUCUCAGGUCUUGUCCCAGUAGGGUGGUGGUAUCACAUAUGGCUUAAGAUACUUCAUGGAAAGCAAAGCAUUGUAUAAGCAAAACCAGCUUUUAUUAUUAUAAUUCUUUAUAUAUUCCAUACAUUUGUAACAUCGAGUCCAGUGUUGUAUUCAUUCUGUGACUGUAAUGGUCAUUGCCUCUAACACUAUAAUAUGUCAGCUUUUGUUAGUGUGAAUUCCUGAGGGAAGAUACAUUAGUAUAGAUGUGAAAGCCAUAUAUUCUUCAUGUGGUUUAUUACCCAUGACAGUAAUGUUGCUCAUACAUUACUAACAAACCUUUUGGCCAAAGAAUUUCUGGAAAUAGUCUCAAACAAAUUUGUCAUAAACUGUUAUUGUCUUUCCUAAUAUAUUGUCACAUGUUGCUCUGUGAUGCGACAAAUAACUUCACGCUGCUCUUGGAUCUAGCCAAUUUAUUGCACACUUUUAUCCGCACUUACAUAACUCACAAGUUCAGUAUCCCAAUUACUUCUCCUUCUGUAGUCACUUCCAGGCUUCAACUGUCUUGAUUUCAGUCACUUGAUACAAGUCAACAACUCUUACUCAUACUGCUCAUAACUCAUACUCAAUACUGGCUCAGCAUUGACGAAUACUCUCAUUAUGUAGCUUCUGCACUAACCACACAGACAACAGCCUAUUGCCCAGCAAUGGACUCCAUAGAAAGCAGUUAUGUGAUAGUUGUCACUGUUUUGUGACAUCACAGCCUAGCGGGGUGGGUGUAUACCAAGCGUCACGUAGCAAUGAGCUGAGUGGGGAUAUGUGAUGUCACUCUCACUUCCUGUUGUGCUAUCCAAACGUUCAUAGAGUUGUCGCCCAGCAACAUACCAAUACAAUCCGCAGUACUGAUGUUGCAUGCAUGCCCCUAGGCCUCUGUGGCUCCACAGUCCCUGCAUAGAGCAAAUACGCCACAUUCUGCUCCCACCUUAAGGCUGUUCAUCCCAAAUAGCCUAACGGUGUAUCCCUGUUCCUUUUCUUCCAAGGGAUUUGCUUGCAAUGUCUUCUUUUUCUAUGGCUUGGAUUUCUUUCCUUCCAUUUGUCCUUUUUUGAACCGCUACAUCUGCUCCCUUGUAAAGACCAGCUCGUCUCGAGCAGUUUCCUGUUAAUGUGCCGGGAGGUCCAGUUGUAUCACAGUCAUCCAACGUUUUCUCUCUCUCAUUUAUUCGGCCUUGCUGGAGAGGCCGGUGCUUCUAUGUUAUCGGCUCCCCCUCUAUACUCUGCUUCUCUUUCGUUUUGGAGGGGGUCGACCCCUCCACAGUGUUCAGUCCUUGAUUUUCUAUAGUCUGUUGGAAAUCUCUACUGCUCGUUUCGUGAUAUCCAGCCUUAGGUUCUUGCUGAGGGUUUGGCUGGCUGUUCUCUCAUUCUCAAGCUGCAGCUGCCAUCUUGUGUGUUGAUCCUUCACUCCAGUGCUGACCUCCAGAUCCACCUGAAGUCUUUUUCCGAAUGUCAACCCUGUGAGGGCUCCUCUUGCAAUGUUCCUCCUAGUCUGGUUCUUCCCGAUGAUGUGUCCCUUGCGCCAUGCCACACCUGCACGGCGGGUCAUCUUUCCUUGGGUGGCGACAUUUCUUCUGGCACCCAUCCUGAUUUUGGGUCUGUUCUUUCUUGAAGGCAUCUCUCCUAUGUCAUGCCACUGUUGUGCGAUGGGACACCUUCCUGCAGGUGGCAACCAAUAUCCUCUGAGAUCCACAAUCUCCUCAGGUCAGUUUCUUUGGCUCUCCACGUCUCCCUGCAGCUUGCUUCUUGCCUUUAUGCUGCUUCUUCCGUCCUCUGACCAGUUUCACUACGGCAUCUUCCUUAGGGACUUCUUGAUGCUUUAUCACCUCAGGUUUCCUGUCCAGUGAGGUUGGCUCUUUUUCGAGACGUGCCUCCGUCGUUUCUCAGCAGACCGUCAUCUUCAUGUCUCUUUCCAGUUUGAUUUUAGCCACUGUCUCCUUGUGGCUGGUGUCUGUCUUUUCUUGCCAUUGCAUUGCGGCAUUCACUUUUUCCUCAAUGGCAUUUUUCAUUUUGGCUCUAAUUUCCUCUUGCAGUUGUACUUGGCCGGCAUCUGUUUUUGCCUGUUUGGCUUUCAUUUCCUCGUGUCUGGUGUUGGCCUCUGCCUGGUCAGCUUUUCUAUCUUCUCGCAUGGCCUGCAGGAGUUCCAUUAUUUGUUGAGGCUUCAUAUUUUUGUGCGUUGCCUUCGUGUUUUUUAAGUUUUAUCUCACUUGACACCAGUUGUCACGUGUUGGUAUAUGUGUCAU